CCUGUCACUGUCACUCCCAGGAGCCAUAUUUAGAACCUGAAUAAAAGAGGAAUCGACACCGGGUCAUCUCUUAGCCAACCCCCUGUCUCUAACACUCUCCAAAAAUCUUCCUCCUGUUUGCUCUCUCUGUGUAGUUUUCUUAAUUCUUCCUUUCUCUUGUUUCUUUUUGUUUUCCUCUAUAUUCUUAUAUACCAGCAUAAUGGCAAAUAAGCAAAAUAAAAGUAAGCCAACCCAGGUCCCCGAGGAUGUGCCUGAAAACUCAGAACAAGCAGAAAAACCAGAGGAGGGGGAAGGGGAAGAGAAGAAGAAAAAGCAGGAGGAUUUACCUCCCUUUGAGAUAGUUGAGGGGUAAGUGUUUUGUACAAGAUAUUGUUCAUAGAAUAAACCAUGCAAAGAAAGUCUACUCAGAUAUUUUCAGUUUUAAACUUAUUUUACAAAGAUCAGACAUAUCUGAUGUAGUUUUAAUAAUGGACAUAAUCUCUUUUUCAUUGCAACUUUUGUUUUUAUUUCCCUAUGGGGUUCAUUAACAAACUUGACAAGGAGACUGCAAAUUGUAUGCCAAAAUAGCUGAAUAAUAAAAAAAAAUCUAUAAUUUAAUGGGGGAAAAAUUGCAGCUCAGCCAUUUUUCCACCUUUCUUGAUCCAAAAUGUUCAAUUACUUUGUCAAAUCGCAAUUCCUAGUUGAGCUAAUAAAUCCCAAAUGUGUUUUCAUUCUCAGAGAUAACUGCAUUUUUUUUUUAUAUAAGGUGUGCUUUGGUAAAAAAUAAGUAACAAGUGCAGUGUACAUUUAUUGUAUUGAACUGUCUACGAAUAUAAAGUACUGCAUUAUUAUUAAGUGUGCAGUAGGAUUAUGCAGGAGAUUAUCCUUACAGCGACACUGUUACCUUGCUGCCUAUUAUAAACUUUUAAUAGUCUAUAUAGAUAUAGACUACAUUACCUAAUUUCAUAGUCUUGAACCUAUGAGUCCAGUUAUAUAAUUAAUGAUAAGUAAUACACUGAUAAAAGCUUUGUAUUAUAGUCUUCAACUAUCCACUAAUCCAGUUAUAUUAUUAAUGGUAAGAAAUAAAUUGAUAAAAUCUUUGUAUUUUUUACUAGUAUUGUCCUAAAGGAAAUACAAUACCCACCAAAAGCAGGACUUGACCACCCUUUGUUAUCUGCAUUUUUAGGUGCACUGCAUUAAAAUUUUAAAAAUGUCAAAAUUUAAAGUUUAUUUGGAGUUAGAAUAAGAAUAUCAUAUAUAUUAUUUUCAAGUUACGAAGUUACCUACCGUGAACCUUUUAUGAUACAAGUACAUGAACAAUACAGGGUAACUCUAAUACUAAAAUCCAAAUUCAUGCAGCUUGGAGAGCUGCAUGUCAAUUCUCUAGUGAAUAACCCUUAGAUUGGUUAAUGUUACUGCAGGGACUUAGGCGCAGUAACAGGUUACCUUUGGUAGAUGACCAGCUCACAUACUGGUAUUUGGACGUCAAUGAUCUGAGUCAUUAAUUAUAUCUCAUGGCUCUCUUCCCUUUAAUGUUUAUGAGGUUCCCAUAACAGAAAACUUGACUGAUCUCAGGUUACACUCCAAGCUGCUAAACAAUAUCUAAAUAUUGUUGGAGUUAUCUCUACCCCCUCCCAAUAAUAGCAAUCUUAAUAUAACCCUGGAUGCCACUAAAAUAGAAUGUAUUUUUCCAUUGUUCUCUCCUAACAAUUAACUGUCCAGGUUGAUUUCUGUUAAUAUUGCAUUGUAUGUUUUCACAACAUCCAACUCUGCAAGGUAAUAAGCACAUGGUAUUGAUAUGUUUCCUGUGUACUUUACUUUUAUUUCAGUAUGUGGCUUUUGUAGUGUUUAUGUGCAGGUAGAUGCUAGAGGCUAACCCUUCCACACUAAUUAAAACGUAAAACAUUAAUGUUACAUGAGCAACACAGCUCCCAUAUACCAUGGAAACAGUUUAGAGGGGAAGUGGCAAAUUACACAGAGAUUUGGGUGGAUAGCACUAAUUAUAACCAUCUCUAGUUGAUGAAAUUGAAGAAUAGCCAUACUGGCUUUAUGGCUUGACCACUGCCCAAUUUCCUAUGCAUAUUUAUAAUUUAAGUGUGAAUACCUGUGUCCAAAGAGCUGAAGGCAGUUUAUAACACUUUAUGGGCAUUGGGUGUUUAAAGUAAUUGCGUUUUUUUCUUUAUCUAGGGCAAACAUUUCCCCACCACUAACACAGCAAUUAGUUAAUUCAGACUUCUCCCUUAAUGUCCCCACAUUCUCAAUCUCCAUCCCACCAAAGAACAUGCCCAUAGUGUGGAUUUCUACACAGAAGUAGUGAUUUGAUUCAGUAGCAGACAGGGAUCAAUAAUUGCAGCCUAAAUGUACUUAGUCAAAUUAACAUAGGAACUGGUAGAGCUGCUACUCCAGGCCCAUGUCAUAUGAUGACAAAAUAAUAAAUCCUGUUUACUUUGAAGUGGGCUGGAUAUCAACACGAUAAAAGAACACUGCAAGUACCAUAAAGACUACAGUGGGCUGUAGGGGUUAUGACACCAAGAGUACCAUGGUGUGUGUAAGUGGUCAAACAGUUUCGGAAUGAUUUGACUCUUUACGUGGUGUCCGUCUGGCACUGCUCUCAACUAUAGCUCAGUGCUUAGGUUCGUUCAUUAGCUCCCCUGAACUAGUGCAAUAAGCUAGGCCUUUCUCUGCAUUGGCAGAACCUAGGGAAGUCAGACUGUUUUCAGACAGUAUUAUUACGUUCCCUGAAGGGUCAUCAGGGCACUCCUGGCACAAUAACGACUAGAGUAUGGUGUAGUGGUUAUGGUGCUUGGGAUUUUCUUGACCACCACUGUAAGCAAAAGAAAAAAAUCAAGAAGGGAAAUAAUAUAACUGCACAGCUGUGUCAGCAAGGGUGAAAAUGGCCUGCGCCUCAUACUGGCUAAAUGAAUCACAGAACUUCUGUCUGGGAAUAAUGUCAUAUUUUGUGGCAGUGCUCUGAGUCAUUGAAACCAGGCAGACUGCACUCUCAAUCCAUUAACUCUAUGAUUCACUAGAUUUUAUAAAUACACACAUUUGGAUAUACACCCACUGAUUUUUUUCCUUACAGUGCAUCUUUGUUGCCCUUCAUCUAGGUUUCUCAAGUGGGACAGCCUUUAUUUCCUGUCCCACAUUUCUGGACAAUAAGAAACUGUCCCCAGGCAGAACAGAGCGAGGGUAUCACUAGACACAUUUGAUCUGUGCAUCGAUCAUUAGAACCAUGCAGAGAUCGGGCCUGCCUAUUAUGGGCGUUGCAAGUGGCACAAGUUGCCUUAUUGACUACAUCCUCACCUCACUAGUCCCAUUUUCAUAAGCUAUAGAUUCAUCUGCCAACACUACUGUCUGGCCUGGUUCUAUUUUGAUCUGCUCAACUACUAAGUAGCCAUUUAGUUAUUUAUUUUUAUGAGUGUAACCUGAAGCAUUUUCUAUACUGUGCAAUAGUGAGCCUACCUAGCAUAUUCUGCACAAUGUAUCUGGAGAUAUACUUUAAGCGAGUAGUCUCUACUGAACUAUAUAAUGAGUUAAAUGUGACAGAUGAUGGAAGAAGUCAAAAGCAAAGCUAAAAAUAUCUGUUCAAUUUCUGACAGAGAGUGUUUCAACACAUGCAAUAUGUGGAACAAGCAUGUCAAAUUCAAAGGCUAAAAUGGGUCAAAGAAACAAGGUUUAUGUGAGCCGCAAAAAAACAAAAACUUAGAAACUUAAGUUUAUUUAGAAAAGUAGAGUAUAACAAAAGUAAACAUAUUUUAAGGAGACUUUCAUUUGCAUAUAACCGAAGUUUCACUCCAACUACCUUGACAUAUUAAGAAAAGUUUGGUAAUGGGACUUAAAGGGAGAAUGUAUGCUGUUAUCGUGUUGAUUUUGAAGUCCAAUGAGUGUGUUCUUCAUUUUGGCUGAGAUCAAACUUGAUGAUCUCAGCCAAUCCAAUGCUUUCCGAUAAGAAAGCAUUGGGAGGCUAUUGUGCAUGUGUGGCAAAAAGCUGUGGGGCUAAUCAGCAUCUCCAUUGGGAGUGUUCAGCGGCUCCAUGGAGACCAAAUCUAAUACAUUACCCCCUACCUCCACUUUAAUACACUGCCCAAAAACCCAAUGCAUUGCCCCUCCUCACUCCACUCUAAUUGAAUACACUGAUCCUCCUCCCAGCACUCAAAUUUAAUACACUACCCUCCCUCCCCCAAUUUAAUACACUGCCCUCCCCCCAAUUUAACACACUGCUCCUUUCCUCCACUCUACUACACUGCCCUCCUCCCCAAAAUUAAUACACUGCCUCCCUCCCUCAAAUUAACACACUGCCUCCCCUCCCCAAUUUAAUACACUGGCCCCCUCUCUCCACCAAAUGAAUACAGUUCCUCCUCCCUAAAAUUAAUACACUACCCACCCCCUCCCCCAAUUUAAUACAGUGCCCCCUCCCUCCCUCAAAUUAACUCACCUUGCCAAUUUAGCAUACUACACAGGAAGGUCCCCCAAGACACUCUUCCACUACCUUAAGAUGAGCCGCCCGUCCUCAUCUGGCACUGCGAGCAGGAUGGAAGGGGGAGUGGCUAGCCUGCGGCAGCACAUGAUUGGCCUUGGGAGGGAGGAUAAGAAUCAGACAGGAAAUAUGUUUCCUGUGUUGCGGCUGGUCGCAGCCACAACGUAAGUGGCCCCAGGGCAGGUGGGCCGCAAAAAUAUCCACCGUGGGCCGCAAACAUGAUACCAAGAGUUACAGUACUUAGAGAGCCAUUUUAAUCUGAAAUCUUUGUUUAUGUAAAAGUUUGAAGGCUGCACAUAAUACAAAUUAAACUUGUCUGGAAGCAGAUAUUGGGUUUAUAACAUUUCGUUUUAUAAGAUUUGCUAAAAACAUCGACUAGUUAUUCAGCUGAAACUAUUUAUAGAUGCAAUUAUUAAAUGGACACAAUAGGCACCCAGAACACUGCGUUAAACGACGUUUGCAUGAGGAUGUCCAGCAUCUUCUAAAUCCCCAUAGGAGAGCACUGAGUUAAUGCUUUCCUAUGUGGAAGGCCUAAUGCAUGUGCAGUGCUCGCCACACAUUAGGUCUCCUUUUCAGCUGACAUCGGAGGAGGAGCCUGACCAAGCUUCAAGGUACAUCGGUGCUGGAAUCAGGUAAGUGUUUAAAUGGGUAUUUAAACCUUUCAUGUCUGGGGGGGGGGGGGACCAAGGAGGCAGAGGGAUAUUUUAGAUUUAGGAAUAGAGUUUUGUAUUCCUAACACUAUAGCGUCCUUUCAGCUUUAGGGUACAGUACAGAAAUUAGUUACAGGCAUCUGCAAACAAAGGUUUUUUUUUUUUACUUAUUGUUAAGGUUUUGACACGAUUAUGAACUACAAUUAAGAUGAAGCUCAUUAUCAGCCAAAUUUAAAUGAAUACUCUGACAUUAAAAUAUAUAUUUAUUUCUAACUAUAGUGUAUUCCUAUGCUGAGAUUAAUUAAUAAAAUUAAAAAUGCAAAAAACACCAUUACCUUUACCUGUAAUCCAGUGGCAGGAAAAUGUCCUAUGAACAACUCACUCCAAUCCAAUGUUUCUCAUGUAGAAUCACUGGGCACCUAGGGCACAAAUGCCUCUGUUAAAAGUCAGCCUUAGUGUCCUCAUCUCCCCAUUUGAUGCUUAUUGGUGGUCCUAUGAAAGGCUUAAAGGAACACUAUAGGGUCAGGAACACAAACAUGUAUUCCUGACUCUAUAGUAUUAAAACCACUAUCUAGCCCACCUGGCCCCCUCUUACCUCCCUAAAUAUAGUAAAACCUUACUUGUAUUCAAGUCUGCAGAUGCUACCUCUGCCCCUGUCUGCCUCAGACCUGCCCCUGUCUGCUGACAUCAACAGAAGUGGUAGUCUGAACCAAUCACAAUGCUUCCCCAUAGGAUUGGCGGAGACUGUCAAGGAGGCAGAUCAGGGGCAGAGCCAGCAAAAGUCAAACACAUCUCUUGUUUGAAUCACUGCAUCUCUAUGAGGAAAGUUCAGUGCCUGCAUGCAGAGGGUGGAGACACUGAAUGGCAGUGCCGAAGCACCUCUAGCAGCCAUCUGAGGAGCGGCCAGUGGAGUUAUAUCUAGGCUGUAAUGUAAACACUGCAUUUUAUCUGAAAAGACAGUGUUUACAGCAAAAAUCCUGAAGGGGAUGAGUCUGUUCACCAGAACAAAUGCAAUAAGCUGUAGUUGUUCUGGUGACUAUAGUGUCCUUUUAACUAUAGGCAAUUCGGUUUGCACUGAAAGUGAUUAAUCAGAGAACCAUGCAAGAUAUAAUCUUGGAUAUCGUGGCCAACAAGCAGCUGCCUGGGGAAGUAGGGAUACCAGCGGGGCUCUGCUGACACGUUUGGCAAAAUAACCACUAUAGCAGUUCUUUUAACUUUUUGCUGAACCCAUUAAUGAGCAAGAACAGGAGUAGGCAACUUUCAGCACUCCAGAUGUUGUUGACUAAAUCUCCCCUUAGUGAAUCCUUUUCCAGCAUUCUGGCUGUAAGAGCAUUAUGGGAGAUGUAGUCCAGAACAUAUGGAGUACUGAAGGUUGCCUACCAUUGAGCUAGAAUAUUCAUGUCAAAUAAUAAUGAUGAAAUUCAAUAGUGAUAGUCACUAGUCUUAAACAGAACUUGUUUUAGUGGAUUAGUAUCAGACAUACUUCUCCAAAGCUAAGUAAGCAAUGUUGCUAAAUGGAGCCCAUUAUUUAGAACUACUCUUUGAUGUCCACUGUCCUUAAUUAAUAUUAUUUAAUCUCCAAUAAGCAUUAAAAAUGACAAAAUUACAAUUAUUUUCCUAGUAACUUUGUAUAUAAAGAUUUAAAUAAUUUCCUAUUCUUUCUCAGGAGUCGCAUACCUGCCUCCUCCUUCAAGUUCCAGUUUAAGAAUGUGGAGUACAGUUCAGGACGCAACAAGACUUUGUUAUGUUACACUAUCGAACGUGGCGAGGGGCAGGCUUUUAGUGGAUAUCUUGAAGAUGAGCAUGCUUCUUCACACGUUGAAGAGGCCUUCUUUACUACUGUCCUGCCGCAGUUUCUUACAGCUGGCCCAGUCAUUGUCACUUGUUAUAUUUCCUCAAGUCCAUGUGUGCCCUGUGCAGCCUGCAUUGCUCGAAGCCUUCGUAAAAACAAGACUCUGCAGCUACGAUUAGUCUUUGCUCGUCUUUUCCAGUGGGAGGAAUCAGAAAUCCGAGGAGCUUUGAAAGGUCUCCGUUCAGCAGGUUGCGCUAUCAGAAUGAUGAGAGGGGCAGAUUAUUUGCAUGUGUGGAAACUUUUUGUUGAGCCUGACAUCAACCUAGACGAAGAAGGAAAACCUGAAGAAAAGGAUGAACAAGGAGAAUUUAUUCCAUGGGAGGAUUUAGAGGAAAACUCAAGGUAUUAUGAGGAGAAGCUGGCAGAGAUUCUGAGAUGAGAAAGACGUGCACUGCUGGAUGGAAGACCAGUUUAAGAAUUGGGAUUGUCAUGUUACUUUUAGAACAACUUCAUUAUGGGUGCUGCUUAAUCCACUGUAUGCAGCUUGCUUUAUGCAUUAUAUCCUUCUGUGGGUUGAUUUAUCAAAAGAUAAGCUUAUUCUGCAUAAUUAAGUUUAUAUUUUAAGAUUUAACAUAAAAUACAGAGUAUAAAAAAAAGAUAUCAAAUUUAGCUUCCAAUGAGAAAUAAGGAAAGACACACGUUCAUUUUAGCAGCAUCAACUACUUUUUGGUGACGAGCAAGAUGCAUCCAUAUUCCCAUGAUCUAUUUUGUAACAUUACACCGAUUUUGGAGCACCUUAAUAUUAUGUCUACUAAUAAAUGACAAAGCAAAACAUAAACAAGUUUUUUUUUUAUAAACACAUUAAUAACACUCCUCUUUGUACAUUCAGCAAUUCUUUCGAAUCCUACAUUUUUUUUUUUUUGCUUCCAGUAUUCUUCAAAUGAAACCAAUACAAAAAUAACUUUCUCUGAGUAUUUAUUAUAAAUGUACAGUAAGUGUAUAAAAAAACAUCAGUAUGAAAGAAUACUAGAUAUUAAAAUCCAUGUGUUUGUAUUGUAAACAUUUAGGGAAAUAACCUGUGACAGAGCCCCUCUACUCAGAUUAAUUACCUCCAUCAACCUCCCUUUUCUUCCCGCAGGACACUUAGAGCGAUUAAAGCAGCUCACCCAAACAUUAACUGAGCCUUGAUGAAGGGUGAUAUAGUGUAAACUUUGUUUAAGAAAACCACACACAUUUAUAAACACACACUGUGUAUUGAUCCUCCAGGGGCUGAUCCACAUUACAAAAUAUAAAACAAAAUAUAGUUCCCUCAGCGUCACUUUGCCUAGGCUUAUUAGAGUUAAGAUGAUCAGGGCUGCAGUUAAUGCAAUCUCCCACCUGCUGGGUCGACACAGUACAAGGAAUCAAAGCCCUGAAAACCCUUUCCCCAACAGAGAACCCCCCACUACCCACUAUUCAUUCCCUAGCUACCCACUGUUCAAAGAGUGUCCUGAUUCCUUGUACAAUGUCCAAUUGCCACCAGGUUAAAAGUUUGACAGGCUGCAACUAAAAUCCAAACUGGUGUAGAGUUUCAUGUGGCCGCAUAAAGUUACGCGUUGCUUCAGAGAGAUAUCGCAACUGGGGGGCCCCACAUUAUGGGCGCUCGGGUCUGCUUCUGCAAUGGAGGGGGCAAGACCACAGGGAUGUGAGAGUAGUCUUUGAGUAGUUUUAGGUUAUUUGCCAGGGUCCAUAGUCUGUAAGAAGAAGCAGGCUGGCAUCCAAGCCCCUCUAAAAGUCCUAGGAACAAAGGCAUCUGUCAUACUACCUUACUACUUUUUGCAACAUUAGCCUAAAUGGUUAAUAACAAUCUCAAAUAAUGUAAGCCCAAACAUUUAUUUUAUUUAACAAUAUUUAUGUUACUAUUUUUAAACCUUAGUAGAAUACUCAUUAUGUAUUAAGCAUGAAUAGUAGAUUUCCUUAAAGGGACACUAUAGUCACCAAAACAACUUUAGCUUAAUGAAGCCAUUUUGGUGUAUAGAUCAUGUCCCUGCAGUCUCACUGCUCAAUUCUCUGCCAUUUAGGAGUUAAAUCACUUUAUUUAUGAACACUAGUUACACCUCCCUGCAUGCGACUUGCACAGCCUUCCUAAACACUUCCUGUAAAGAGUCAUGGAAACUUUAUCCUUCCUUUACUGUGAAGUUCUGUUUAAUUUAGAUUUUCGUAUCCCCUGCUAUGUUAAUAGCUUGCUAGACCCUGCAAGAGCCUCCUGUAUGUGAUUCAAGUUCAAUUUACAGAGAAAGAUACAAUUGUUUAAGGUAAAUUACAUCUGAUUGAAAGUGAAACCAGGCUGUGUCAAUCAGAGCCAGGGGAGGUGUGACAAGGGCAGUGGAUUGAACAGUGAAACCUGAGAAGCAUGAUCUACACGAGGCAUGUAAAACUCGCGGCCCGCGUGCGGCCCACAAGGACCAUCUUUUCAGCCCGACGAGCCGUGAGUACAUGCUGGUGUUAUAGCAGAGUAGGCACCUGCUUUCCCCACAUUGCAGGUGCUUACUCUGCUAAAACUUACCCAGCCGGGAUGGAAGGGACUGUGGAUGCAGCGAGGGAGUUAAGUGUUCCUGCUCCUCAUUGCUCCCUGGCGCGCGCCAUCUGUACUGAAGCUGGGAGCUGGAAUAUGACAUCAAAUUCCGGCACCUGGCAUCAUGAAACCGUGCGAGGGAGCAGUGAGGAGAUCUCCAUACAGAAGAUCCCCACACCAGCUCCCAAAGGUAGGGAACAAUAAAUUAAAUGAUGUGAGUGCAAGAAUGUGUAAAUGUGUGUGUGUGUGUGUGUGUGUGUGUGUCUGUCUGUCAGUGUGUGUGUUUCUGUCAGUGUGUAUGUGAUUCUGUGUCAGUGAGUAUGUUUGUGUGUGUAUAUCUGUCAGUGAGUAUGUGUGUCUGUGUGUCAGUGAGUAUGUGUGUGUCUGUCUGUGUGUGUCUGUCAGUGUGUCUCAGGCCUGGACUGAUCAGGGACUGGGCAAAUGCCCAGUGGGCCGCGAUGGCCAUGGGACAAGGCCGGCAGGGAAGAUCACAGGAUCUCUCUGGCUGGCCCAUGCAGGGGCGACACUAUUAGUGUGCCGACCCUGCUGUGUGCCUUCAUGGGUCAGUGGGGAGAUCAAAGAUCUCCCUCACCGGCCCACAGGCACUGUAACACUGCCGCUGGCUGGGGAGGAAGGGAGAGGAGGACCCAGUGGAGCUCUACCUGCAGCUCUGCCGGGUUCCUCUCGCGAGGUUGGACUCGGAGGAACUGCAGGGUAGAGUUCACUAACCACUAGGACCACCAGGGACUGCAGCAUGCAGACUCCUCCAUGGCAGCAUGGCUCCCCCCUCCCAGGCUAAAGGUAAGAAGGGAGGGGGCAUAUGAAGUUUAUUUUUUUUUAUAAUAAUAAUAAAAAAAAUUCAUAUAUUUACAUCUUGCCACCCCACACACACACAAUCCCUCCAGACAUAUUCACACACACACACUAACAGCACACUCAAACACACCACACUCAGACACACACUGCACCCUCAGACACACGCACAGCAUCUUCACACACAGCACCCUCAUGCACACACAGCACACACUUACCCACACAGCACACUUAACCACACACAGCACCCUCGCACACAGCACACACACACACACACACAAAUAUAUAAAAUAACAACAGACAAAGAGAAUUAGACACAUAGAAUGUGAUGGCAGAUAAGAACACCCUCACCCACACAGCACCCCUCUUACACACACACACACACACACACUGCACCCUUCACACAUACACACAGCACUAACACUAACAGCACACUCUCACACACCACACUCAGACACACACUGCACCCUCAGACACACGCACAGCAUCUUUACACACAGCACCCUUCACACAUACACACAGCACACCCAACACAAUGUGACCCUCACACAUACAAUACAUACAACUAUAUAUACAAAUAUAUAUAUAUAUAUAUAUAUAUAUAUACACACUAUAGCACCCCUCACAUUGCACCACUACACACAUUACUCUUCAGAUACAUGCCAGAUCCCUUACCCUUGGAUCAUCUAAUCUACACACACACACAUACACAUACACACAGUAGAUCCCUAUAUACACUCUAAAUCCUCUACACACACUACAUUCCUAACAUACAAACUCUGGAUCCCCUAAACACACUACAUUCCUAACAUGCAAACUCUGGAUCCCCUACAUACAAACUCUGGAUCACACUACAUUCCUUGUUAGCAAACACAUGCUACAUUCUCUAAACACAUAGUCUCUACAACCCCUACACACACUACAGCCGGUAUGCACACACCUGCUACAUCACCAAUACACACUAUACCCCCUAUACCCACACUCUCUACAGCCCCUAGCACGAUACGCUUUCCUGGGCCUUUUGUCCUCUGAUAUCCCACUUACUGAGACACCAGAGACAAGUUGAAAGUAAACACAGCGCAAGCAUGUUAUUAAAUUUGCUUGCGCUGCGCAGAACAAACACAGGGCCUUUUUCUCAUGCUAUAGCUCUUCAGCAGGGCUCUGUGCAUUGAACUAACAUGCUCACUUUGAGAGGGGGCGUGCUUGUCAUUAGUGAUGACAACCCACUCCCUCUCUGGCCCCGCCCCCUUCUCAGGGGGCCGCUGUGAUUCAAAAAUGCCCCGGGCCAAAAUUUUGUCCCCGGUCGGGCCCUGGUGUGUCUGUAUGUGUGUGUGUGUCUGUCAGUGAGUAUGUGUGUGUGUCUGUCUGUUAGUGAGUGUGUGUGUGUUGGUCAGUGUUGCAUUGGCUGCGACUGGACAGUGGAGUACCUGGAGGUGCAUGGAGGCACGCAACGCCACGUGACAUCGACAUGCUCAUCUUCACAGGGUGUCAAGAAGUAGCGGGAGGAUCAGAUUUGGCACAGGGUGGUAGAGGGGGGGACUGGGAUUUAGUAGAGGGGUGUGCUGUGGUUUAGUAGAGGGUAUGCAGGUUUUUUUUUUAUGCUGUACUUUUUAAAAUAAACCUAUGUUUCUAUGAAAAUGUAAGGUUCAUUUUUUUGCGGCCCACAUAAACUUAAACCUUGUUUAUGUGGCCCGUGCCAGACUUUGAGUUUGACAUGCUUGAUCUACACACUAAAACUGCCUUAUUAAGCUAAAGUUGUUUAGGUGACUAUAGUGUUCCUGUGUCUGUAAUGUGUUGGUUGUUGGAUCAUAUAUCUUGUUUUUUUUUUUUUAUGAACUGGCCCAAAGAUAAUCUCACAUUCUCUUCUUCCACCUUCUUUAUGCCUUCUCUAAAUUUAGAUGUUAUGCUAUAGUGCAUUUCUCCUCUUAAGCUUAUGCUUUUCUCCUCUUAUGCUUUAGUGCUUUUCCUUCCUCUCGCCACUGCUUUCAUGGUCUCAAAUUUCACUAAUGUCCUAAAAUAACACUUUGAGCCACUACAUACAGAAAGGGUAAAGGCCUACUUAAAUUAUUAAAACACAAUCUGGGGUUUUGUAUGGCCUUCUAUAAACACAGGAUGCUUUAUAUUUUGAAAUGCUGAGCAAUAGUUUCUCAUGCUGUACUGUAUUUUACCACUUUCAUGAUUUGCUUUUGAUGUGGGUGCUUUUAAAAUGGCUACCGUGGAAGACUUGUUUUCUUUUCCACUGAUCUUUCUAAAUAAAGUGAUUUUUUUGUUGUUUUUUUUUUAAAGUCUUAUUGUUUUUUUUUCAUAAGUAGAAACGGAUUACAAAUAUAUAUAUUAAAAGCUGGGCCUGUAGUUGUGGGAGGGGCAUGAUUUCCCUACUUAAGGACCGCCAGACCGUUGUUGGUCUGGUGAUUUGCAUACCUGGA